AGGAGCUACUCCAGGUUGCCAUGAGGGAGACCUUGGAGGCCCUCAGCUCCUUGGGACUCUCUGUGGGACAGCCAGAGAUGGCCCCCCAAAGUGAGCCCAGGGAGGGUUCCCAUAAUGCCCAGGAGCAGACGUCCUCUUCCAGGGAAGAGCGAGCACUGGGCUUGUGCUCAGGGCCCGAAGUUCCCAGGGGCCAGGAAGGUGCCCACCCUGAACAAGCUGAGACUCCCUGCAGAGGAGGCCAGGUGUGUACACCAAAGAAGGCUGAGCCUAUGGGUUCCUGUCCAGGGGAUGAGUGGAUGAUUCGAAAGGUCAAAGUGGAGGAUGAGGAUCAGGAGGCCGAAGAGGAAGUGGAAUGGCCCCAACAUCUAGCGUUACUGCCCAGCCCUUUCCCUACGCCCGAACUGGGUCACCUGGCUGCUGCCUACAAACUGGAGCCAGGCACGCCAGGGACGUUGGGUGGGCUCGCGCUGUCCGGGUGGGCUCCGGUCCCAGAGAAGCCCUAUGGCUGUGGAGAGUGCGAGCGGCGCUUCCGGGACCAGCUGACCUUGCGGCUGCACCAGAGGCUGCACCGUGGGGAGGGCCCCUGCGCCUGCCCGGACUGUGGCCGCAGCUUCACGCAGCGCACGCACAUGCUGCUGCACCAGCGCAGCCACCGCGGCGAGCGGCCCUUCCCAUGUUCUGAGUGCGACAAGCGCUUCAGCAAGAAGGCGCAUCUGACCCGCCACCUGCGCACGCACACGGGGGAGCGGCCCUACCCGUGCGCAGAGUGCGGCAAGCGCUUCAGCCAGAAGAUACACCUGGGCUCGCACCAGAAGACCCACACUGGCGAGCGGCCCUUCCCUUGUACUGAGUGCGAAAAGCGCUUUCGAAAGAAGACACAUUUGAUCCGGCAUCAGCGCAUCCACACCGGCGAGAGACCCUAUCAGUGCGCACAGUGCUCACGCAGCUUCACCCACAAGCAGCACUUGGUGCGGCACCAGAGGGUGCAUGAGGCGGCCAGCAGGGCCCAGCCUUCUCCUGAGGCGUCUGCCUCACCCGGUUCUCCCGCCGCGUUCCCCGCUCCCUCCCCUCAAGGGCCGAAGCCUUUUGCCUGCUCUGACUGCGGCCUGAGCUUCGGCUGGAAGAAGAAUCUCGCCACGCAUCAGUGUCUGCAGCGCAGCGAUGGGCGUCCUUUUGGGUGUGACGAGUGCGCACUGGGCGCCACCGUGGACCCCACUGUGACCGAGCCCCUGGCCUGUGCUACCCGUGGGCCAGACUGCGGUCCAGGGUCGGGCCCCAUAGCUCCCCAGAGCACCCCAGCAGGUGAUCGGUCCUUCUUCUGCCCAGACUGCGGGCGCGGCUUUGCCCACGGGCAGCACCUGGCGCGGCACCGGCGCGUGCACACUGGAGAACGGCCCUUUGCCUGUGCUCAGUGUGGCCGUCGCUUCGGCUCGCGGCCCAACCUGGUUGCCCAUUCCAGGGCCCACAGCGGAGCCAGGCCCUUCGCCUGCGCUCAGUGCGGCCGCCGCUUCAGCCGCAAGUCACACCUGGGCCGCCACCAGGCGGUGCACACGGGCAGUCGCCCCCACGCCUGCGUCGUCUGUGCCCGCAGCUUCAGCUCCAAAACCAACCUGGUCCGCCACCAGGCGAUCCACACGGGCUCCCGCCCCUUCUCCUGCCCGCAGUGCGGCAAGAGCUUCAGCCGCAAGACCCACCUGGUGCGGCACCAGCGCAUCCAUGGCGAAGCCGCCCACUCGGCCUCAGACACAGACCUCUCGGCGCCGGCCUGGCCCACUGCUGCCCAGGUGGCGCCACCCCCAGUCUUCUUCUGAGCCCCUGCCCGGGUGGGGAGCCGGGCUGCUGCCAGGCGGCUUAGAGCCCUGCGGGCCGGUUCCUUUCCCCGCGUGUCAAGGGGUGCGUAGCGAUCCCCUGCGGGAAGCUGUGGAGGCCUUAGUCCUUGGGAGACUACCACCCCGACGCCUUGCUCAGAAAAGCCUGGGCUGUGUACUGGGGAGGGAGAGAAUAGUUAUCUAUAAGCAGAAAGUGUGUGAGAGUUCAAAACCGGAAGUUCUGGGCUGUUAGUGGUUAGGGGAGGGGACCCCUGAUUCCUUCCCCUGCCCCGGCUCUGCCUGCCCAUCAACAAACCCCGAUGACCUUUCUGUUCUGGAGAAGUUCAAUGUGGCCAGCUGCUGUUCCCUCGCUCUUGCAAAUCAAAACGUGAAACACCCCAUGGCCCAACCUCUCCCCUGUCCCCUGCUUCUGAGGCGUUGUACGAGGAAGAAGCACUGGUGUGCUUUCCCUGCAGACUGCAACGGAAGGGAAUGCCGGGGAGGCAGACUGCCCUUUGGCCAUUCCCAUGGAGACCGCGGCCAGCCUGGGCUCUGAGCCCUGGGAGCAGCUCUGCUGAAGGGCUCUGGAGCAGCGGGUCUCACCUGCCGCCAGCCUGGCUGCUCGCAGCCAAGAACAGAUGGAGGUCGCUUUCCCAGCACACUUUGGAGCGCACUCUCUUGGUAAGAGUUGCUGUGACUGCACUCUCCCAGCCCGGGGAAGGCCUGAGGACAUCAGGAGAGCUUGAAGAGGUCAAGGGAGGUUGCCACGGUUGCAGACUACAGAGAGGCCUGAAAAAGGUGUGAAUGGGCAGAGGUGGAGAUGCAGGAGGAGGAGCACUGGAGAUGGCAGUGAAGGGCAGAAGGGUGGCGGGGAGAAUGCUGGCCUUGGAGUUCCUGUGGAGCACAGCAUUCGUUUUCCCUGGGCCUCCACUUUCUCAUUAAAACACAGAGUUGAUGUGGACGAGGGCUGAGGCUUUUUCCUUGUUAAUACUGCUAGCACCAAAGAUAAUCCUAGGAAG